AGACACAAGCCGGGGGUACAUUGAGAUGCCAUCUGAACAAAAGUCUCCAAAGACACCUUAAAUGCUUUGCUCUGACCGCCCCAAAAAACCCUGACAUGUUGUUAUGCUUGCAGUCAUUGAGUUACAGGUCCCUUAGUCAGAUCUAAUCAGUAAAUAUUUGCGGUGAGAGGCUAACUCCAUAAAAGGGGCUUGUUUAGAAAUCAAGAAAGCCGGCCCAUGCAAGAGAUGCAUGAGCCGCUGUGUCGUGCCGUAAUUUUACGUUAAGCUUAGUGAAGUGCUGCCAGCUGAAGGGGCAGAAAGGGCCAAGAAAAAGUAUUCAAGAACUUGAGAUGGCCGUGAAGCCAGUUUGUCUCUUCCUGUUGUUGCCUCUACUGCUGUCCGGCCAGGCUAAAAAACAAGCGUGCCUCAAGUCGGCGUCCACCUGCAGCGAGUGCAUCCUGUCGGGUCCGCAGUGUGUGUGGUGCACUGACUCCGGUUUGAAAAGCCGCUGUCACACUUUGAGUGCGCUCGAGAGGGCAGGCUGUGAUCCACAUCACAUGUAUAACCCCCAGGGGCGAGUUCAUGUCAUCAGGAAUGAAAGCACCACUGAGCCCACGGCAGAGACUGUGUUCCCGCAGCCUCAGGAGGUGACCCUCCAUUUACGGCCUGGUGUGAGCCAGUCCUUCCCUCUUUCCAUCACCACGGCGAGAGGCCGGCCAAUCCCAGAGCUGAAAAUCGACACCAGCCCUGUGCCAGCUGGAGUCAACAUCACAUUCAGCAACAUAAGACACGGGAACAUGCCGAUGGAGGUGAAUGUUGUGGCGGGCCAUUGUCGUACUACAAGUGACACCAUAAAUCCGAAGAACAGGACAGGGCCCUGGUCUGUCCACAUUACUUCAGGAAGCUUUUCACAAAGUGUCAAUUUGGAGAUAAAUGUGGAGUGCGAGUGCGACUGCAAAAGAAACCGCGAGGAAAACAGUCCUACCUGCAACAGCCAUGGAGCUCUGGUGUGUGGCUCUUGCGAGUGUUACCAACCUUACCUGGGACAAUAUUGCCAGAUCAAUCAAGAAUUAAGCGAUGGAAGAGAUGAGAGAUUCUGCCGCAGAGGACCAAAUGCCCCAUUGUGUAGCGGUAGGGGAACGUGCGUCGAAGGUGACUGCGUAUGCCACAGUCAAGAAAACCCGAAUGAACGAUACAAGGGGAGGUUCUGCGAGUGCAGCAAUUUUGAUUGCCCAUAUCACAACAACAGGAUUUGUGGGGGUCACGGUAGGUGCGAGUGUGGACAGUGCAUUUGUGACAACGACUGGAGUGAUGAGGACUGCAGCUGCUCAAUCGAUACAAUUUCUUGCAUGGCAUCGAACCAGCAAGUGUGUAACGGUCAAGGGAUGUGUCAGUGCGGAAGCUGUCGUUGUGACCCACCGUAUGCGGGUCCCACUUGUGAGAAUUGCCCGACUUGUUUGGGCCCUUGUCAGACUCACGCGGAGUGUGUGGACUGCCGGGCGUUCGGAACAGGACCCAAAAAAGACAGGUGCGAGGCCGAGUGCAACUACUUCAUUCUGACAAAGGUGGAGAGCAAAGAGGAUAUCCAGGCACCGUGUAAAAUGAUUAGCCACGAGGACUCUUGUUUCUUCUACUUCAGCAUCUCCCAAACCCCCACAGGGACACACUGCACUGUGGCGGCAACGAAAGAAUGUCCACAGUGGAAAUGAUCCACCAGGAUCAAAAACUCCCUGCAUUAAUUUGGGGCUUCUUCAACAUUGCAUUAUAGAUCUAUCGAUAUAUUUUUCAAACAUUUAAUUGUGUUUCAUUUAUGGCAGUAUGUAGCGUUAGGCUGUAAUAUGCACUUCUCUAGGUUAUAUAGAGUUGAACAAAAAAUAAAUAGCAAAGUGAUAUAUAAUAUUA